CGAAGCGCCCAUUUAUUACGGGAAUGCAGUUGGCACCGAUAAAUUUGAUGCGACAUUUUUCAACGUCCAUUUUCAGUAUCCUCCUGCAAUGGAUCCUGUUACGAGGAAAGGUUUAGAGACUGCCGUUGAAGCCAUCAUAGAUGCAGGAGUAUGCCCAAAAUCACUGGCCGGGAGUAAGACCGCAGUGUACACAUCGUAUGACCUCAGCGAAAUGGAAUCCAGUUUUGCCUACUUCAGGGCCACUAAAGUUUUUGCUGGAGUAGCCCGGACCAUGAGUGCAAAUCGACUCUCUUUCUCGUUGAAUCUGCACGGUCCCAGUUUGUCCUACACGGGUGGAUGGGCAGCUCUGUUCCACCUUCUAGAAAACGCUAGAGAGCAGCUUCAGAGCGGGUCAAUUAAUGCAGCGAUUAUUGUUUGCUCCAGCUACAUUAUGAGCCGACAGUCGAUGAUGUGUUACUCCAAACUUGGCAUGACAGCUCCGGACGGGAAAAGUCGUCCAUUCGACACAAACGGGCAAGGUUAUGCCAGAAGUGACGGUUGUGUCGCGUUCUUCUUGCAGCGAGAGGGGGACGCCCGAAGAAACUGGGCGACGCUGAUCGCAAGCGACUACAGGUUCUUCAAAACCGAGCGAGCCAAUGUGCUAACGUUCGACACGAAAAACGCCAUUAAUGUAUUGGAAAAACUAUACACGAAACACAAUAUCAAUCCUGCCAGUAUUGAAUACAUCGAAGCGGAUGGCUCCGGCCUUCAAGAUCGAGAUGCAAAGGAAAUUGAGACAAUAAUUAACUUCUUCUGCAAGAACCGCCAGCGAUCAAAUAAACUUCUCAUUGGAUCCUGUAAAUCAAAUAUAGGGCAUCUGGAAACAGCAGCUACCGCCGCCAGUGUUGUCAAGACUAUUUUAGCCCUCAACAAAUGUAAAGUUCCACCAACUAUUAAUCACACGUCACCUUUACCAGAAUUAGCGAAAUCAAACGAUUUAGAGGUUGUCACAAGCACAACACCAUGUGAUGGUAACUUAAUGGGGGUAAACGGUAUUUCUUUGUGGGGUGGAUUUGGACACAUCAUUCUUCAAGGAAAUCAAAGGAAACAUUCUACAAUGAAAAUAAGCGAAAAGUUUCCGCAAAUUUUGUUCCUGUCAUCUCGGACCGAAGAGGGUAUCGAUAAAAUCAUCAGAAGAGUGAAGACCGUGAAUAUUACCCCGGAAUUUGCUGCACUAUCAAACGAUGUCUUCAGCAAAGAGAUAAAAGGUCAUAUGCACAGAGGAUAUGCAAUCGUCGAUUCAGAAGCGACGCAGAUAUCACAUAAAAUGCAGACAGUCGAUAUACAUGACAGGCCUCUUUGGUACGUGUUCUCAGGGAUGGGCUCACAGUGGGCUGGCAUGGGAUCGCAGCUACUCCACAUCCCUGUAUUCCGAGCGGCCAUUGAUAGAUGUGACCGGGCAUUGCGACCGCACGGAGUUGAUAUUCUCCACAUCAUUACCACACCAGAUGAGUCCAUCUUCGAUAACAUUCUGCAUUGCUUCGUUGGAAUAACAGCCAUCCAGAUUGGUUUGAUCGAUAUUAUGCGCGUGUUAAAGCUGGAGCCGGACGGCAUGAUUGGUCACUCUGUCGGAGAGUUAGGUUGCGCCUACGCAGACAACUGUUUGACCCUCGAACAGACUAUUCUCAGCGCAUUCCUCCGUGGUAAAGCCUCUCUAGAGGCCCCUCUUAUCAAGGGUAUGAUGGCUGCCAUUGGUCUGGGUUACCGCGAUAUAGUCAAAAUGUUACCUCCAACGAUUGACGUCGCUUGCAGAAAUUCGGCCUCCAGUUGUACUCUUUCCGGUCCCGCUGAGGACGUUGAAGCAUUUGUCAAGCAGUUGAAAUCGAAAGGAGUUUUCGCAAAAGCUGUAAACGUUGCAAAUAUUGCUUACCACUCGAGGUAUAUUCAACCAGCUGGCCCAAUUCUCCUGAAAUAUUUGAAACAGGUGAUACAGAAUAAAGCAUCCAGAUCAUCAAAAUGGAUAAGCACUUCGAUCCCGGAGCAAAGAUGGGACACGGAGUUGGCAUCCUACAGUUCUGCUGAGUACCUCGCGAAUAAUUUGUUGAGCCCUGUUCUUUUCGAAGAUGUACUGAAACACAUCCCGCCCAACGCCGUCAUGGUUGAAAUCGCUCCACACGGUCUCUUGCAAGCCAUCCUUAAGCGGGCCGUUCCAAAUGUGAAUGUAGCCCUCGCCAGACGAACCAAAUCCGAGGACGCCGUGAAAUUCUUACUUGAAGCUGUCGGGCAGUAA